UUUCGUUAAUUUUUUAUAUAUCUACCUACAAUACUUUUUAUUUAAACAAAAAAAUAAAAAAAAUAAAAAUAAAUUAUUAUAUCCUACACAACAAACCUUAUUAUAUUUGGAAUGCAUAAUGUAUAAGUAGAUGAUAAAACAAGGACUAUACUAUAUUAAAAAAAAAAAAAUUGCAACUCGAAAGGCUGAAAUUAGGUUUAAACUAUAAACAAAAUUAACAAAAAAACAAAAAACGAUAACAGACAGAAUAUAAUCACAGACUGAUUUUUAAGUAGAAAGUAAGAAAAACAAAUAAUAAAUGCAAGCUGUUGGGAUUUUUUUUAUGUAUUGGAGACACACACAAACACAAAACAUUUUAAUAAAACUAUACUAAAAAAAGAAGAAGAAGAAAAUUUAAAAAAAAAGCAAAAUAUGCCAAAAAUUUGCAAAUUUUUUAACUAAAAAUUCAUAACUAUUUUACUUGAAAAGGAGGAACGUAUUGUUUAAUUUUUGUAUUUGAAUUGAAGAGAAUAACAAUUUUUCAAAAUGAAGAAAAUGCAGUGCAUUGAAGCGAAACUCAUUAAAACCGAACCAAUCGAUCUGGACAUGAUGCACACGGCCGAUGAUAGAGAGCGUGAGCCAAGUCCUAAUCUCCUGCACACGCGCUAUCAUCACAUCCAAAUACAAUCGCCGAAGCAUCAGCAGACGAUGCAACAGUCUAUCAGCCAGCAGAAGAUAAUCCUUUCGCCUCGAGUCGAAUAUGUCCACCGCAGUAUAAAACUCUCUCCCGGUAGCAGUAGCGGUAGCUCUUAUGCGCAGAUACUUCCGGAUAAUCGGCGCUCAAGAUCGCCCACUUCGACAAUCCUCUCGCAUAGUCCCACUUUGCCAGGCGCUCCACAAAUCAUAAUAACACGUGCAGUGCCACAGCCUCAGCAACAACAGCAACAACAACAACAUCAUCAUCAAUCAUCAUCGUUGCAUUUGCAACAUAUGCAACAACAACAACAACAUCGAAAUCAUUCACCACCACCAUCAUCGCCUCAACAUCAUCACCAUCAACAACAUCAGCAACAACAACAACAACAACAACAACAACAUCAUAUGCAACAAGUGCGCGUAAUACGCGACGGCCGUUUAUACGACGACAAUCAUCGUCGAAGGUCACUUUCGCCACCGCCACCUCCGCCUCCUCCGCCGCCCCCCAUCACACAACACUCGCAACACACGCAUCCGUCGGACAAAGUGCGUCUAAUAUCGUCAUCACCGGUUGACGAUCACCAUCCGUCUAGUUCGCGUAAAUACAUUGUGUCCCGUCACGUGAACGUUAUAUCAACUAACGGCAUCAAAAUGGACGGUUCAUCCCCACCGGUAGGCGUUGGAGUGGGCCCACCCCACCCACCUCCACCACCAACCCAAUCGUCGUGUAGCAAUUCCAAUGGAAUGCAACAACAAAACAGUUCCGGACUUUUCCGCACCCCUGUGGUUUCAAGUAGUUCAAGUAGUAGUAAUAGUAAUAGUAACUGUAAUAAUAAUUCAUCGACAUCGAUGCGGCCACCGCCACCACCACCGCCUCCGAAAAUUAAAAACACUUCGCCACCGGGUCCUUCGGGUGUAAUGGGUAGCGGUGGUGGGGGAAGUAGCAGCUCCGGCAGUGGCGGAGGCUGUGAGGAACCAUCUAGUUCCAUUCCGGAUUUAGGUGAGUGGACAAAACACUUUCCAAAUCAAUAUAGUAUGGAAUUCGAUGGAACGACAGUACUAUGCCGGGUGUGUGGUGAUAAAGCUUCCGGUUUCCAUUAUGGCGUACACUCCUGUGAGGGAUGCAAGGGCUUUUUCCGACGUUCCAUUCAACAAAAGAUUCAAUAUCGUCCAUGUACAAAGAACCAACAGUGCAGUAUAUUGCGAAUUAAUCGUAAUAGAUGUCAAUAUUGUCGCCUGAAAAAAUGUAUAGCUGUUGGAAUGAGCAGAGAUGCUGUGCGAUUUGGUCGCGUGCCGAAACGCGAAAAAGCGCGCAUCUUAGCAGCCAUGCAACAAAGUACACAAAAUCGCGGCCAACAAAGGGCGUUAGCCACAGAGCUUGACGAUCAACCUAGAUUGUUAGCCGCUGUAUUGCGUGCUCAUUUGGAAACGUGUGAAUUUACCAAGGAAAAAGUUGCUGCAAUGCGUCAAAGGGCACGCGAAUGUCCAUCAUAUUCAAUGCCUACGCUAUUGGCAUGCCCUCUAAAUCCUGCACCGGAGCUACAAUCUGAGCAGGAAUUUUCACAGCGUUUCGCCCAUGUUAUUCGUGGUGUAAUUGAUUUCGCCGGCAUGAUACCCGGCUUUCAGCUACUCACACAAGAUGACAAAUUCACCCUACUCAAAGCAGGCUUAUUUGAUGCGUUAUUUGUGCGACUGAUAUGUAUGUUUGAUUCAUCAAUUAACAGUAUUAUCUGUUUAAAUGGACAAGUGAUGCGUCGCGAUGCUAUACAAAAUGGAGCGAAUGCACGAUUUUUAGUUGAUUCAACAUUUAAUUUCGCCGAACGAAUGAAUUCUAUGAAUUUGAGUGAUGCUGAAAUUGGUUUAUUCUGUGCAAUUGUUUUAAUUACCCCAGAUCGACCGGGCUUAAGAAAUACCGAGUUGAUUGAGAAAAUGUAUUCGAGGCUAAAGACAUGCCUGCAAUCCAUCAUCAAUCAAAGUCGCCCCGAUCAACCUGAAUUUAUGGCGAAAUUAUUAGAAACAAUGCCAGAUUUGCGUACAUUGAGCACCUUGCACACAGAGAAAUUGGUAGUUUUUCGGACGGAACAUAAAGAGCUGUUGCGUCAGCAAAUGUGGUCAAUGGAAGAUGAACAGCCUUCGAAGAGUCCAGCUUCAUCGUGGGACGAUGUGAGAAUGGAUGAUGUGGCGAAAUCACCAUUGGGAUCGGUUUCGAGCACUGAAUCGGGCGAUUUGGAGUAUUCAUCACAAUCAUCGCUGGCGUCGUCAGCACCAUUGUUGGCAGCUUCGCUGUCUGGUAGUUGUCCGUUGCGUAAUCGUGCCAAUUCGGGUUCGUCGGGAGAAGAUAUUGAUAUUGUUGGCCCACAUGCUCAUCUCACACAAAAUGGUCUGACAAUCACACCGAUCAUUCGAUCGCAUUCCCAUAACCAGCUGCACCAUCAUUUGACAUCGGGCACUACGCAUCAUCAUCGCUAUAGAAAGCUAGACUCGCCGACAGAUUCGGGAAUUGAAAGUGGUAAUGAGAAGAAUGAAUCAUCAAAGACAGUUAGCAGUGGUGGCAGUUCUUCAUGCUCCAGCCCUCGAUCAAGUGUAGAUGAUGCUUUGGAUGCUGAGACCUCCGCACAAAGUCUAUCGACGACAGCUGCUGCAGCAACCAGCAGCAGUACUAUUGUAGCUUCAUCGGCAUCUCCCUCAACCGCCAUGGCAAGUUCUUCCUCGUCAUCGUCAUCUUCGCCGUCGUGUACAUCAAGUGCGGCCAUGAAGAGACAGAUUGUUGAAGAUAUGCCAGUUUUGAAGCGUGUGCUCCAGGCGCCACCAUUGUAUGAUACAAACUCGCUGAUGGAUGAAGCGUAUAAGCCGCACAAAAAAUUCCGCGCUCUCCGUCACCGCGACUUUGAUUCGGCCGAGGCUGAUGCAAGCAGUACACCGGGCUCAACAACAUCGUCGGCAAUGCCAGGAGCAUCAAGCCCGAUGCAAUCGUCAGCAAUGCCAGCGCAAGCUCGGCAGCAUCCACAAAGCCCACCACCUGCAACAUCAUCAUCAACUGCAUCACCAUCACACCAUCAUUCUCUACCACCGCAUCAACAUCAAAGCCAGCUUCAUAUGCAUCUGACGCGCAAUACCUCCACCAACAACAACAAUGGCAGCAGUAGUCGCGACAGCAGCGCCAGCAACGGCAAUUACCAACAACAACAUUCAACGCUGUCCAGCACACACUCUGUGCUCGCUAAAAGUCUUAUGGCCGAACCACGCAUGACUCCCGAGCAAAUGAAACGCUCCGACAUCAUUCAAAAUUACAUCAUGCGCGAUCAGAAUGCAGGUCAAUCUAACGGUCUGCUUGUUUGCACGGCGAAUUCCCCAGCACCACAACAUCACUAUGCAAGUUCCGGUUCGCCAAGCUCAAGUUCGAACUCCAACUGUUCAUCACCCUCAACGACGACAGUUACACUCGCCUCCCCACCACCAUCGUCAUCGGCGGCGCAAGCGUCAUCAUCAUCGUCAACCCUCCAUCCACCAGCAGCUGUCACACCGAACGGUAUGCGGUGGCAGGGCCAUUCUGUAAUCACCACCACCACAAUUCGCCAACAAUCAGUGUCACCGAAUUCGAAUGGCAGCAGCAGCAGCAGUGGCGGCAGUAGCAGCAACUACUUUCAAUCUCCCCACUCAACAUCAGUUUCACCACCACGCCCUUCCCCGUCGGCGCAUUCACCACGCCUGCUAGAGCUACAAGUUGAUAUUGCCGAUUCCCAGCAACCGUUAAAUCUUUCCAAAAAGUCUCCAACACCCCCACCGUCAAAAAUUCAAGCUAUGGUCGCGCACAAAUAUCCAACAAUGUCAGCCGAUGUCACAGUGACAGCGACAACAACAGCCUCACCACAACAACCUACCACGCCACAGCAGCAGGUGCACAAAGUUCUUCUUGAAGCGUAACAUGUGGCUGCACGCAAUAAUAGAGCCAGAGACAACAACAACGAAUACCGUGCGUCAAAAAUAAAUGCUGCUUCUUCUACAACAACAACAAUAACUACAACUGUCAAACAGAAGUUAAACAGAAAGUAAUAGAUGUCGUUAGUAGUAGCAGUUUUAUGUAUAUGACAAGUGCAUCAUGUGGCGGUGACGUUUUGUAAAUAGUGUCAUUUUGUUUUGUUGGUUCGUUUCCCUGUUUUAUCCCUGUACAAACACUCCAAGAAAUCAAACAAAAAAAAAAAAAACAAAAACAAA